CGACAUAAUUUUUUGAGCAACUUAAAAUGCUCGAGACUGCGCGUGGCGAGUGAAACUGCUGGCACAGUAGAGCGUUUACGAAGGGGUCUGCCAGCCCAAAUGAAGGUGUUGGCAUAAUGGCCUCUUUGGUAGCUUAUGAGGAUUCUGACACUGAAGAUGAAUCUACAACACAGGAGGGAACAAUUCAUCAAAACUCAGAGAGUGACUUUGGCGCAGAAAAUUCCCUUGGCCAACAUGGAGCCAUUGAAUUCGGUCCCACAGAUCCUCAUGAGUCUUCUCUCAGCCCUCAAGGUGGCGGACAAGAUGGGCAGGAAUCCAGAUCACUCUGGGAGUUUUGCUACAGUCCUUGGAUUCAGCCAGAUGGUACUCAGGAUGGCGUUGCAGUAGUGAGGUCCCUGCCUCAAACAGCUCAGGGUUCUAGCUGUGUGGGUCCUCCGAAGAGGCCUCUCAAAGAGACCCCAAUGACUGGUAUCAGGCCUUACGUUCCUAAAAGGCAAAGGCUGUCUCAGCAAGUGGCGGCGAGCUCAGAGGGCGAUAUUCAAGGGGAUGGGUCCGUUAUCUCAGGGACAGGCUCCAGACUGCUCACCGAAGUGUCCGAAAUCAUUAGUCCAUUUCUGAGGCGGAAGUCCACUGGGACGGAGCUGCCCAGGCGUGUGCGGCUGCGUGUCCAGGCCCACCAGGGCCCAGUCAACACAGUCCAGUGGUGCCCAGUGCCCCAUUUCAGCCAUCUCCUCCUGUCUGCCUCCAUGGACCUCACUGCCAAGGUUUGGGAUGGUGCGGGUAGUGGGUGGUGCCUGUUCACCAGCUCCGCCCAUAGUGGGGCUGUGCGUGAUGCCAGUUGGAUGCCCUGCGGAAGACGCUUCCUGACUGGCUCCUUUGACAACUCGGCCAUCGUGACAGAUGUGGAGACAGGCCAGGUGGUGGUUAAAGUGGGGAACCAGUUUAAAGUGACCUGUUUGACUGUGCAGCCCAGUGACCCCAAUAUUUUCCUGUGUGGAGGCUUCAGCCCAGAAGUCAAGGCUUGGGACAUCAGGACCUGCAAGGUGGUUAGAAGCUACCAGGCUGGGAUCCAGCAGACUCUGGACAUCUUGUUCCUGCCAGGGGGAAAAGAGUUUGUGACAAGCAGCGACUCCGUCAGCCGGGACUCAGCCGAUCGCACUCUCAUCGCGUGGGAUUUCCAGACCACCGCCAAGGUCUCCAAUCAGAUCUUCCAUGAGCGCUACACCUGCCCCAGUAUGGCUCUUCACCCCCAGGGAGAUGAGUUUGUAGCGCAGACCAAUGGCAACUACAUGGCACUGUUUUCGGCUCGAAGGCCAUACAGAAUGAACAAGAGGAAGCGCUAUGAAGGACACAGGGUGGAGGGCUAUGCUGUGGGCUGUGAGUUCUCAGCUGAUGGGACGGUGCUGCUGUCAGGCAGCUCCAGUGGGUCACUCCACUUCUAUGACCAGCAGAGCUCCCGGCAGCUGCGGCUCCUACAUGCGCACCAGCAGGCCUGUGUGUGCGCCAGCAUGCACCCUGUCCUGCCCGCCGUCAUGGCCUCCUGUGACUGGGGCGGGGAGCUCUGUAUCUGGCACUGACGGGCGUGGUGGGGGUGGGGCUGGGGGGGAUACACAAGACCUGCUGGGCCGCAGAACCAGAAACCAGCUUCGCUUCACACGUUCCCCCCCUGGCAACUCCCAAGACGGCCUUGCACCACUCUGGGUAUCUGAAAGUCAGCCAGCCAGCCUCGCCAUUCCUUCCAUGGGGCCGGCUGCCGACAUUCUGGGGAAUAUGGCCCUCCCAGUAAGUGAGAGAGAACACGCCCCCCGUGUCAAAACCAUUCUUGUUUAUAAUGAUGUGCAUUGAAGGCUAAGAAGCCAUAGAUUCCUGGGGCAAACCUCCUACCCUCAGAUUUGUUGAGGUUAGUUAGCUCUAAUGGUGAUUGUCCAUUGUUUGUAAUACAACUGACGCAAAAUGUUUUUUGGAGAGCAAAUAAUCAAAUGGGAAAAUGAAGAGAGGUUUGGGCAAUGUCCUCUGACCUGUGACCUUAAUUGGAUCAUUGUAUGAUACCAGGAAAAAAAAGGCAAGAAUAACUGUAUUUACCAAGUUACUGAUAUAUUAAAUUUAAAAAAGUUACAUUAAUUAAGUCAAAUUUUCAGCAAUGCAAUAGCUUUAAAAAAACCUAUACAUGCAGCCAGCAACUUCUGUAUUCAGAAGUUUAACCAAUGUGCAUCAGGAGUUGUACAUUUUGGCACAGAUUGAAUAGUUGUGCAUUCCCUUAACACGUGAAAGACACUUUACAGUAUAUGGAGCAUGACAAGCAGAACUAUGUUAAAAGGUAACUUUCGAAGGACUUUUUCAAAAAUUGUCUUAGCCCAGUGCUCUAACAUAUAAAAGUAGUCAAGGCACGUUACAAAGAUCAAAGCAAGCUUUGUUAAUUAACAUUUCAAAGGGUAAAUUGUGAUGCCUUUGUAAGUUUAUCAAAAAUAAUGAAUAUGCAGGCAUAUCUGCCAUAUGCAGACACUGACCUAAUUGUGGAACAAAUCAACUGGCUCUCCUUUUUAUUUAUUUUUUUUAGGCUUGACUCACCAUAGAAUCGUCAACUUCAGUUACAUGCUGAGCUGACAAGUAAGACAAGGAAAUGGCUGGAAUGCAAAGACCAGAGAGAACAUUCUGCUUUCUGUCCUUGUAUGAUUAGCGCAAGGAAGGUUGAAUGUAGCAAAUCGGGAAGUAAUUCCCUCCUUCAUCACUUGGACUGCAUGUGAAAAACUGAGGAGGCUUCAAGGUUGAUGUGGCACCAGAGUCAUGGGGGAGGAUGUCUGGUGUUAUUUCAAGAAAUGUAACAUGCCCCCCCCCCAAGUUCAGCUGUACUCCAUACUAUAUUUACAGAUACAGGGAACAUAACAAAGAUACUUUUGACACCACUGCAACUCUGGUAUUACAGAUUUUACUUAACAUUUAACUUCU